UUUAGACUAAUUGGGAGUUUUUCUGUGUCUCUAUUUUCCUCAUCUGAGCUGGUAUCUGACAUUGCUCGCCAUUUUUUCUUUUUUUUGCAAUGCUAAUGUCAGCUUGGGCUUUUGAGGUUCUAUGAGCUAGCAGGGGUGAGUGUUUGGAUUGAUGGGCUUUUAGAUUUUGGAUAAAAAGGGCAUAAUUAUGAUUAAAAGACCACUUAACCAUUUACAACAGAAAAAAUAUAUAUGUAGUUUGAGUGGGACUUUAACGAGUUUAUGCUUGGUCCUCAGAAAUGUUCGUUCAGGACGCUCACAGCAGCCACCUUCCCAGUCUUGGGUCCAAGACCCUGACAGGCCAUCUAUCAUUAGUGCAACAGAGCUUAAGGAGCUUGAUAACUUGGACACUGAUGGAGAUGAGGGCUGGGCAGGAGCGCAAAUGGAGGUAGAUUACACUGAGAAACUCAACUUCAGUGAUGAUGAAGAGAACCAAUCUACUAAAGACAAAGUAGACAACUGGGAGUGGGUGAGUAAAGUGGAUCACAUGAGAUCUUGUGUGCCAGAGAAUCAGGAGGCCUGGAAAGAGGGAUCUGAGGAACAUGGGAGCAGUAAAACAGCAUGGGCUGACAGUGUGGACUCCAGGAUGGCAUCCACUGGCAUUGUGACACAGUACAACAAGUCAUUGGCUUCAAAGGUUUACCAGGUAACACUUGUACGAACUACACCCAAUUAUCUUUAUGCUUCUAUUGUAUGGAAGCGUUUGUGACUCAAAAAUAAGUCAAUAUUGGAAAUGCUAUUUCAUUUUUUUAAAUGUACCUCUAUUACUUGUGGUGGGGUGAAGGCUGUGUUUGCGCAGCUUUAAGACUUUAAAUAUGAAAAAAAAAAUAACACUAACAACGGCACAGUCCCUAACAGAAACAAUGGUGGUAAUCCAAAUAUGGUAUUUGCAGAAAAUAGCAAAGACUAGUCAAAGUAGGAGUUGAAGGAAAUUACAUGGUAGGAUUCAUAGAAAAAGUGAUUUUUGAUCAACUGCACAUACGGGAAGAAAUCUGCAUUGAAAGAGCGCACAGCGCAACAGGGAUCUCAUCCUCACCAAAGGGAUACGUAAGAUCAAUUAUUGUAAAGUUUUGGAGUUACAAGGAGAAACAAAGAGUGCUUCAUGCCGCGUGGGCGCAAAAAACUGUUAAGAUUAACAAUCAGAGGAUUUAUUUUUACGAGGACUUAAAAAGGGAAGUGUUCAAUGAAUUUGCAAAAUAUCGGAGUGCAAGAAAACAUCUUCAGGAACAGAAAGUCAAAUUGUUUGUUAAACAUCGCAAUUCUGUUUCCAGCUAAAUUAAAAUUGUUCCUGCAAGAUGGAAAGUUUAAUAUUUUUAACUGUCCUCGGGAAGCACCAGAAGGAUUAAACGAGUUUGGUGUCACAAUGGAAGCUCCCAAAGAGUUGGACUGGGAGGAAGCCUGCAGGAUGGGAAACUACUCGCGGCAGAAACGAACAUGCUCCCGUUGGGAAUUUAACAUCUACUGUGGAGAGUCUUCGUUCUUCUUUGGAAUCCCAUGAAAAGAGUGGCAGUGAUAUAAUUUGAGGUAUGUUAAAACUGACACUUAUGGCCUUGUGCUGGAAGAAAACUCUGAGCUUUAUGAAUGAUAUGAUGUCACUGAUAGAGCUGCUGUCUACAGACGAAGCUACAGAGACUCAGGUUUUUUUAUUUUGAAUAUAACUUGGACUCUGAGAUCACUUUUGUUAAUCUGUUUCCAGAUACUUGCAAGUAUUAUACAGAUGAUGACUUCAUAAAGGAAACUGAUACGGAUAAAACAUUUUCUUUAAUUUUAAUUCCAUAAGUACGUAUUCUAACUUUGGUAAAAUAAAAGAUUAUUUGGAAAUGUUUAAGAUGAGAUUCCAAGUUGUAGCUUUAACUGAAACCUGGUUGAUAGAAGAAAAAUGAAUUGAAUUUUAUUUAGAUGGUUAUGAGUUGUUUUAUGUCAAUAGAGUAUCUAAAAGGGGAGGUGGAGUUGCAUUAUUUGUUUCUAUAGAAUUGAAAUGUAAAAUGGUGGAAUGUAUGUCUACUGCAAAUGAAGAUUUGUUAGAAUGUAUAACAGUGAAAAUUGAAGUGUAAAAACAAAAAAA